AUGGAUACGACAAGUCAAGAAGAGAAGGGAAAAGCAGAGUUCAAGAAAACCUGCGAUGGGUAUAUCAACCAGGGAUUGCAAAGUAAUCCGACGAUACAAUUUUUGAUUCAGAACCUAGUAGAUAUGGGGUGUCCUCCCCCUGCUGGCUUUAUGAGGUGUUUGGAUUGCGAAGGAAAGCCUGUCUCGGGUGGUUUUGGUAUGUUGCAAGAAGAUUCCAUGGAAAAGUCAUCAUCAUCAUCAUUAAAAGGAGAACGAAGUAAUUUUCGGGACAAGCCAGAUUGUACUCGGCCACGACAGGAUAUAUUAGAUCAAUUCCAGCGAGAAAAGGAUGGCAAAUCCAAACUGUCCUUGCGACCUGAAAUCUAUAUCUGCCAAGAACACGUCGCAGGCCCACAACAUGCCAAUACCAUUUUGGCACAUGAAUUGAUUCAUGCCAUUGAUAUGUGUCGGAGCAAGAUGGAUCCUUUGCACAACUGUAUGCACUUGGCUUGUACAGAGAUCCGAGCGGAGAAUCUAAGUGGUGAAUGCAACAUGUCGUGGGAAUUCAUGAGAGGGAAACUGGACGGCUGGCUAGGACAUGGGCAAAAGUGUGUGCGAAGAAGAGCCAUCGAUUCUGUCCGAGCCAACCCCAAUUGUACCAAAAAUGCUGCCGCCUAUGUAGAUGCCGCAAUGGAACGAUGCUACAAGGAUACCUUUCCAUUUGAACGACACCCGAAUCAAGCGUAG